UCCCCUUCUCCACUUUCUUCCUACUCUCUCUAAGGCAACAUGAAUCGGCACUUUAGUUCCAGGUCUGGGUACCGGAGCGGAGGAGGCUUCAGCUCUGGCUCUGCCGGGGUAGUCAGCUUACAACGCAGGACCACUAGCAGCUCUGUGCGCCGCAGUGGAGGAGGUGGCGGGAGAUUUUCAGGAGGAGGAUGUGGUGGGGGAGGUGCUGGUGGUGGCUUUGGAAGUCGCAGUCUUGUUAACCUUGGUGGCAGUAAAAGUAUCUCCAUCAGUGUGGCUAGAGGAGGUGGACGUAGUGGUUUUGGUGGUGGUUAUGGCAGUUGUGGCUUUGGGGGUGGUGGCUUUGGUGGUGGUGGGUUUGGGGGUGGUUUUGGCAGUGGUGGUUUUGGUGGUGGCUUUGGCAGUAAAGGUGGUUUUGGUGGAGGUGGUUUUGGUGGAGGUAGUUUUGGGGGUGGUUUUGGGCCCGUCUGCCCCCCUGGUGGCAUACAAGAAGUCACCAUCAAUCAGAGCCUUCUGCAACCCCUCAAUGUGGAGAUUGACCCUGAGAUCCAAAAAGUAAAGUCUCAAGAAACAGAGCAAAUCAAGUCACUCAACAACCAAUUUGCCUCCUUCAUUGACAAGGUGAGGUUCCUGGAGCAGCAGAACCAGGUGCUGCAAACAAAAUGGGAGCUGCUGCAGCAGGUGGAUACCUCCACUAGGACCCACAACUUAGCCCCCUACUUUGAGUCAUACAUCAACAGUCUUAGACAGAAACUGGAUCAACUGAAGAGUGAUCGAUCUCGAAUGGAUUCGGAAUUGAAGAACAUGCAAGACCUAGUAGAAGACUACCGGAACAAGUAUGAAGACGAGAUCAACAAACGGACAAAUGCAGAGAAUGAAUUUGUGACCAUCAAGAAGGAUGUGGACAGUGCUUAUAUGACCAAGGUGGAUCUUCAGGCCAAAGUUGACAACUUGCGUCAGGAAAUUGAUUUCUUCACAGUACUCUACCAAAUGGAGCUGUCUCAGAUGCAGACUCAUAUCAGCGAAACCAAUGUCAUUCUCUCCAUGGACAAUAACCGCAACCUGAACCUGGACAGCAUCAUCGCGGAGGUCAAGAACCAGUACGAGGAGAUCGCCAAUAAGAGCAAGGCCGAGGCUGAGGCCCUGUACCAGAGCAAGUAUGAAGAGCUCCAGGUCACUGUUGGCAAACAUGGGGACAACUUGAAAAAUUCAAAAAUGGAGAUUUCUGAGCUGAAUCGGAUCAUCCAGAGACUUAGAUCUGAAAUCAACAGUGUAAAAAAGCAGAUCUCUGGGCUGCAGCAGUCUAUCAGUGAUGCUGAACAGCGUGGUGAGAAUGCCCUCAAAGAUGCCCAGGGCAAGCUGAAUGAGCUGGAGGAUGCCCUACAGAAGGCUAAGGAGGACAUGGCCCGGCUGCUGCGUGACUACCAGGAGCUGAUGAACACCAAGCUGGCCCUGGACGUGGAGAUCGCUACCUACAGGGCCCUCUUGGAAGGAGAGGAAAGCAGGAUGUCCGGAGAGUGUGCCCCGAACCUGGGAUGGGAGGUGACUGAGUGUCCCCUUGCAGCUGUGAGCACUAGCCACACCAGUAUCAGCGGCGGUGGUGGCCGCGGAGGCGGGGGUUUCAGCUCUGGCGGCGGCUAUGGCUCCGGAGGCGGCGGUGGAGGCUACGGCUCCGGAGGUGGCGGUGGAGGCUAUGGCUCCGGAGGUGGCGGUGGAGGCUAUGGCUCCGGAGGUGGCGGUGGAGGCUACGGCUCCUCCGGAGGUGGCAGCGGCAGCGGCAGCUACGGAGGCUCCGGAGGCGGCGGUGGAGGCAGCAGUGGGGGACACAGAGGCGGCUCUGGAGGCGGCGGCGGCAGCUCCGGGGGCCGGGGUUCCGGCAGUGGCGGGAGCUCUGGAGGUGGCUUCGGCUCCUCGGGAGGCUGGGGAUCCAGCUCUGGGGGCACGAAGACCUCUGGGGGCACGAAGACCUCUGGGGGUAGUUCCAGCGUGAAGUUUAUUUCUACCAGCUAUUCCCGAGGGGCCAGAUAAAGCGGUGUUCUCUAGCCUGUUAGCUCUGCUCUCCAUCACUCCCAAAUACGCUUGGCAAGAGCGAGGUCAGUGCCCCAGCCCUACUGAAGAAAAAGCUACUGGUUAGUUCCAUUGGUUCAUCAUGUCUCCCCAGCUCCUUCCUUUCUGCUCUGUUUCCCGAAGAAGUGUUUAAAUCAGUGGCAAGCUCAGACCCUGGCCGUGACCCUGCUUUGUGCUUUGUCCCAGAACCUGUUCAGUCAUCACCACUACACAAAUUACAUUUCAAAGAACCUCCUAAGUCAACCAGAGGCGGGCGGGCUGGUCAGACCCAAGGCUUCCUCCUGCGCGGAAGGCGCGUGCUCCGGGCAGCUCAGCACUUACGGCCCCAUCUCUUGCAGGAGCUCUGCGCUGCUUUGGUUUUGUACAUACGGUGUAAGCCAGUUGAUUGA